UUUGUGCGCCUUGCCUUCAUUAUCUUUCAAAUACACACUCUUCUUUAACAUGACUCUGACCACAAAACCAUUAUCCAAGCUAUACUGUGGCUAAUGCAAACAUUAGGAUAUCCUUUGCAUGCACAGCUCAGGGGUUCCUAGUGAAAUCACUAAUAGAUUUGUUGAGAGAAGCGAACAACUGUUGAUGUAGUGAGAAGAGAGGAAGCUGAGCAGGAGGGGCUUCAGUCAGUAAAUGUAGCUGUACUGUAUGUCACUCAGCUAAAUCACACCUUUGGAGUUUACAGCAGUGGAGCGCCAGUGUUUCUGCAGAUGCUUGCAUUUCAGAUUUCUGCUGUUCAUUUUAUAGUGUGGACUCUAAAGUGAGCAAAUGCAUUUUAGUUGGUUUUGAGGACUUGAUGCCCGGAAGUACAUAUUAGAAGUGGAAAAGAUAUGCAGACGUGACAGAUGUCUCACCAUCAGCAGCACCGGACACUGGAGAGAGGGAGGAGGAGCACACAAGAGGACAAACUGUCUUUGAGGAAAGAGAGCGAACAAACAGGUGCUGGCUGUAGUCUCUCGGUGAGAAGAAAGCUGUAUGAGUAUAUCUGCAAUAAGCAGCACAGGACAUCUGCAGGUCAGGACAUACAGCAGCGUGAAUUAGACCGACAGGAAGAGGACAAUCCACUAAGAAGAACAGCCUCUGAGCCUAUUCUGAAGCUGCGAUCAAAGAGAAGUAUGACGGGGAGACAGAAUCCAUUGCAGCGUAAAACCAGCGCGCCCCCUGCUGUCGGGGAUCCAGACUCCAUGGCGGUUUCUGCCAGUUCUGCUACAGUUUCAUCACUAGAUAAUCAAAUGAAUCGUCAAGAGCUGAUUCAAACCACAACCUACAGUGCAUCAUCAGGCAAGGAAGACUCUCCUUUACAAAUCAGCAUUCAGCACCCCGUCCUCUGGCCUGCAUAUGCUGCCACUGCUUACAAUCCUCAGGUCUUCACUCUUUAUCCACAUAUUUUUACAGUUACUGGGCAGCAGUGGCCGCCGAUGCCUCAUAGACCUUUAAUCAAAUCCCAGUCAGCACCUUCUUAUAUACAGCAAUACACACAUAUACACACUCCGGCUUAUACACUGGUACAACCCAUGUACCAACAACAGUGGCCACAAGAGACAUUCCAGCAACACACCCUUCCAGAAAAGGUUUCAGUUGGCCCAGCAUGGCCUGAGUCUCCUGGAGAUCUGGGAAGGUUCAGAAAGAGAACAAGUGAGGAAGUACGCAUUUCAUCUCAAUCCCCGCUUGAAAGCUGUAAUCGACAGGGAGUUCAGCUGAAAGAAAACUUGGAAUGGAGACACAAAAUAUUUCACCAGCAGGUUUCACGUGUGCAUUCCUUUCCAGACACCUUUGACACACGUCUGUCUUCACAUUCAGCCUCAGCUCUGGACAUGAGAAAACCAAACUUCACCACAGGCUUGGUGUAUGAGAUGAUGAAGCAUAGGUGUGACUGUAGAGACAGCAGCUGUGGUCUUCAUGAAGCUGACCGAGUUACAAGUAUCUGGUCAAGACUGCAGGAGUGUGGCCUGAGGAGUCAGUGUAAGCUGCUUAAAGGCAGGUCAGCCACUGUCGAGGAGCUACUCUCAGUCCAUUCAGAGGAACUUGUUUGUUUUUUCACUGGACCAGAACCAUAUCGAAGUCAAAUGGACAUUGGUACGAUGUGGAAAAAUCCCAGAAAUUCAGAGGCACUGAAGAUGGCUGUUGGUAGCGUGACAGAGCUAGCGCUGUGUGUGGCCAGAGGAGACCUGAGGAAUGGCUUUGCUGUAGUCACACCUCCUGGACAUCAUGCAUCACGUUCUCAAACACUUGACUCCAUUGUUUUUAAUUCUGUGGCCAUUGCAGCUAAACAGCUUCAAGAACAAUUAAAGGUUAAAAAGAUCCUUAUUGUAGAUUGGGAUGUUCAUCAUGGCAGUGGAACUGAGUCGAUAUUCUACACAGAUCCCAGUGUCCUCUAUAUUUCUCUGCAUCGCUAUGAUGAUGGCGCAUUUUUCAAUGGUACUGGAGAUCCCAGCAGGGUAGGAUGUGAUGUUGGAAGAGGUUAUAAUGUAAAUGUGGCCUGGUCGGGAGGACUGAGACCUCCAAUGGGAGAUGCUGAAUACCUCGCUGCAUUCAGAACGGUAGUCAUGCCAAUUGCUCAUGAGUUUUCCCCAAAUGUGGUCCUGGUUUCAGCUGGUUUUGAUGCUGCCGAGGGGCAUCCAGCUGCUCUGGGAGGAUACAGAGUCUCCCCUAAAUGUUUUGGAUGGCUGACGCAGAAGUUAAUGGAGCUUGCUGAAGGACGAGUAGUGCUGGUGUUAGAGGGAGGUUAUGAGCUUGUCUCCCUUUGCGAUGCGUCCCAAGCUUGUGUCAGUGCUCUUCUAGGAAAUGAGCCUGAGCCUUUAUCUGAGGUGGAGUUACUGAGAAGUCCCUGUGCUAAUGCAGUCUGUUCUCUGGAGAAAGUGCUGCAUGUUCAGAGUUUGCACUGGCGUUCAGUGCGGUCCAUGCUGAAUACUGUGUCUCUGUCCUAUGUUAAAGCAGAGAGGAGAGUCUCGGCAGGCAGUGAAGCUGCUUUAGUGCUGAGUGGCCUCAAUAUGACUGUUCCACACAGAAGACAAUUGCCCAAUGAGCCAGUGGAGGACGAUGAAACCCAUUCGACAGUUUCCUUUACUAGAAGAACCUUUUCCUUUCAAAGCAGAAGCUGAUCAAUAAUCUGCUGUAAGCUGAAGGAAAUGCAGGACACAAUCCAAAAAAAGAGCACUUCUCUAAUCACACGAAUGCUUCACUCAAAUGCUGAGUCAUUUCUGAGGUUUUUUUUUUUUUACUUAACAUUAGCUUGCACAUGACAGACAAAUCAAACUAGCAUAGUACAAACAGGAAAUGAACAUGUAUGAGAAAUGAGUUUUAAAGGUUCUUGUUCAGGAUAUUUGACUGUUUAGUGGAACAAAUUUGGUAGACACUGCUUUUUAAAGGUUUGGUUCAGUCCUUUAUUUUGUUUGUUGAAAAAACAACAACAAGAAAAACGUAAAAUGUGAAAUCUUUGCUGGUUUUUAAGCUGUCUGUUAACUAAAUAAUCUGGCAGAUAUGCAGCAUAGUUUUCAGAAAACAUUCACAGUAAUUCACGUUUCUUAAGUAUCAAAUCAUAUUUCUAAACGAUCAGGUGACGCUGAACACUGGAAUAAUAACCAUGAAAGAACAUGGGAAUAAAUUAAAUUGUAAUUACAUAAUAUAUUUUUUCAAAUACAUUUUCUAUUUUUUUAGAAUAUAUUAAUAUUCAAUUCAUCAUUAUUUCUCUAGCGCUUUUACAAUGUAGAUUGUGUCAAGGCAGCUUAACAUAAAAAGUUGUAGUAAACAGAAUCUGUGUCAGUCUAGUUUUCAGAGUUGAAGUUCAGUUUAGUUAAGUGUUUUAGUUUUCACUGCUGAAAGUCCAAACACUGAGGAGGAAAACCAUUGAUGCACAGCUCCACAAGUCCCGAACCAAGCAAGCCAGUGGUAACAGUGGCGAGAAACAAAACCACCAAUUGACAAAAGUGAAGGAAAAAACCUUUAGAGAAACCACAUUCAGUUGGGGACAAUUAUUUCUCCUCUGGCCAAUCCUCUUGUGCAGAACUGCAGUCUAGUUUAUUACUAACAAAUUUAUUAUUAACAUCAUAAAUGAUGUUAAUGUUUUUACUGUUGAAUAGAUUUGCACCCCAACUGUUUAAAUAGCAGAGUAAGCUUUUCCUCAUAAACUCAAAAACACCUACAGUUAUCAGCAUCUGUCUAGGAAAUGACCAAUAGUCUUCUGCCAUUUUAAAAUUCCAUUUGAAACUAUGAAAACAUCUGAAAUUGCACUUUAUUUGAUCACUUUUAAAAGAAAAACAUACUGAGACAUUUUACUCUUAAUACAGGAUAAUUAUCCCCUUUAAUGAAUAUGUAAGGCAGCUAUACUAGAAUGUGAGCUAUUUAUAGAGCAAGCAUUAAAAAUGAGAUUUGCUGUCCGCUUGCAAAGCUAGCCGAUUCUGCAUUUCUGAGAAUGCUGUCUUUUUUUUAUUACCAAAUUGCUGUAACAUUACACAAAGCUUUUUGUCUGAUUUUGUUUUGUUUUUUAAAUAAAAAUAAAGCUGUAUUUUAACCAAGCUGCAUAAUUUCACUCUCUCUUGUGAAGCCAACAUGGAAGUAACUGAAACUGCAAUUCAUCAAAACUCCGCUAGUCCUGGCUCCAUAAUGGAGCAAAUUUCUAUUGAUCCUAAAUGUUAAAAUGGGCAACUUUACAGCAGAAGAAAAGAUGUUUACAGCCUGGUACAAAAAACAACAACCCGAUUUUGUGCAUAAAGCUAAUAUUACACUUCAUGACAACUGUGAGGGGGGUAAAUUCUUUUAUAACUCAUCCGUUUCGUUUAUAUUAAGUUUGCAUAAUUAAGGGCAAGGUCACUUGAGUGACAGCUAAGUCUCGCUGGUUGCCUUCACGUCACCUCAGCCGCUGAACUCGACAUAUACAUCAUAUUCUUGUGCUGUUGUAUGUGGCUUUACACAAUCAAUUGCCUUUUGGAAUUAUUUCUUACAAUUAUUAGAAAACAAGGCAUGCUGUGUGCACUUCAUUGUGUUCACAAACCAUUCAAUUAGCUUCCAUUUCGCAUGUGAAUGAAAUUAUAUACCAUAUCUAUAAAUGUAUUUGUUUUAUUUAAGAUGGUUUAUGAUUUGUAUUUUUCUUUUGACCAGUAAUGCAUUCCAGAAUCUGACAGAUUGAUUAGCUGUAGGCCAGGCCCGGAUAGGCCAAUCGGAAGGACCGGGAGAGUUUCCCUGUGGGCUGGUCCGUUUUUUAACCGCGAGGGCCGGUGUUUCUAGCUGCUUGCACUCUCAGCAGUCGCACUUUUUUUUCCAUUUAUUUAUUUCUCUGACCAUAGCCUCACUCUUUUUAUUCAUUAUUUUGCCGCAGCUCCGCUCUUCUUAUUUAUUGUCUCACAGCCCCAUAAGCAAAAUGCAGCCUGCAUGGUGAUGAUGAUGUAAUUAUUAUUCCGGCCACACAACUGUAACAGCGUCAUUGUGGUCCAGUGGUCAGCACGUUGCGUUACGACGUCAACGAUCCGUGUUCGAUCCUCACCUGAAUAGUUUUUUUUUUUUGUCAUUUUUAUCGUUAAGACAUAUAAAACUGUAAGGUUGUUGAACGUUUGAAGUUCUAAAGGAGCUGUUUUCUUGAAAAAGAUGUGAUAGUGUCAUUAGAAAAUAAAUUGGAAAUUACCUUAUUUUAAUAUAGUCAGUCGUGAACUGAGGUGGGCCGGUCUGCUUGAAACUCCAGGGCUGAAAAGGGAGUCCCACUCCGACCCUGCUGUAGGCUCUAGAAUAGUCAUUUGAAACGUGUUAUGCCUGGAUUUCAUAAACAGCCUUGCAUUUACUAACAAAGAGUAUAGAGUAAUUUGCGUUUUCCUCUUGUAGAAGAAUGUUUAGUGGCUCAAUGUAUUAC